CAUUGAAUCGCAUAUAAUAUUGAAUUGAAUUAAUUGUUUGUUUAUUAAUUAAAUUGUAAAACAAGUUGUAAUCCAGUAAUUGAAAUGAAAUGUGUUUUUUAAUAAACAAUUUAAUUGUUUGAUUGAUUGAUUGAUUGACACGUGUUUUAGUGAUCUUUAUUUUAUUUGUAUUGGUGUCACCAUUAAAUUGGUCCAUCAAUAUAUUUCAAUUGAUAUGGAGUCUUCGUCGUCGUCGUCGACCAAUCGUUUCGCCGAUAGUGAAGACCAACCGAUUGGCGACACAAAUGUUACCGAUUUGUUAGCCAAUUGCCCGAAGUGGACACUGAAGAAUGACUUGGAGCUUUUAACACAUUUGAAGACAUUAAGUAAUAAAUUGAUUACAAGAACCGAAACAACCAACCAAUCAGUCAAUUCUCUAGUCUUUAAUUCAAAGAUGCAUUGCGUAAAAGUCGAUAACGCCAUCAAUGAGUUGCAAAUGUUAGCCACUUCUCAGUUCGUCGAAAACCGUGUUUACGACGAAGCCAUCGAAGACAUUGUUGCCGUAAAUAGUGUCCAAAGUGAUGAACAUAUUGUUCAGAAAACUACUAAAGAAGAAAAUGAUAUUUUACCGAAAAUCAAAAGUGCUUUAAAUAUUGGAUUAGAUUUUCUUUCUCAACGGUUUGAUAGUAUCUCACAACAAGUGCCACAAAACGAUUCCGACGACGAAAACGAUCAGAUAGUCGAAGGACUUCUUUCGGACACAACUAAAGAUGAAUAUUCAAAACGAUUGCUUCCAUAUCUUAUUGGUAGCCAAGAGUUUUUUAGCGACAACUAUGUAGGACUUGGCGAUGAUAUCGAAAGUCCUACUACUGUCGAUAUUAUUAAUCCAAUCGAUGAUGAUCUUCAAAAUGAAGUGAUUAGUAUUGAAUCAACAUCUGAUGAUUUUGGUGCUGUUGUCGUCAGAUCAAACACUAUUGUUAAGGGAACUGAUUUGAUUGAUCACAAUCUCAAUGAUAGUGAUGAUGAACCAACUGAUAUCUUUGGGACUAUUCAUCAAAGUAGAGCAAACCAUGCGAAUCAUAGGCUUAGCAGUGAUGAUAACGAUAGCGAUUCUAACUUAUUUACCACAGUCUCCGCUGCCACCGUCACAACCACUACCACAUCAACUAAAGAAGUAAUAGAAGAUAAUGAUAAAGUGAUUGAACCGAAGAAACCAACAUUUUCAUCAUUUCACGAACAAUUAUCGGCAGUUUUGUCUGCAAGAAAUCCAGAUGUUCGACAAAAUUCUGUCAUCAGUGAUGAUAACGAGGAAGAGGUGGUGAAAGUUAAAUCUAAAGAAUCAAUUGCUAAUAAAAUGCCAACAAAUCAGACAUCAGUUGGUUCGGACUCGGAUACCAGUGAUAGUGAUUCGAUAUUUAAUGUGAAUAAAAAUAAACCGCAAAUUGAGAAAAAACCGAAACCCAAACCCAAACCUAGAAUUCAAUCAAAAUUAUUUGCUAACGACAGUGACGACGACGACUAUGCAGAUGAAGGUAUUUUUGAUAAACAAAAAAUUAGACAACAAAUAAGUGAAACGUUAGCUAAACCUAAUAAACCUAAACCGACUACAAGUAAAAUAACGGCUAAUUUGUCGAAUAUUUUUAAUGAUAAUGAAGAUGACGAAGAUGUGGACGACUUGUUCAAUAGCAUUACUACUAAUCAAACUGUGAUCAAACCUAAGACCAGAACAGUUGUUAGCAAAGUGGUGACAACGGAAACACCAAAUAUUGUUAGUAAAUCAGAUAAUAAUAAAAAGUUAGAUAAAGUUCUGGUAAUUAAUAAUAAUAAGAAAUCACUGUUUGAUGACGACUCUGAUAAUGACUUAUUCUCUGUGAUCGCUAAGAAAGAUAUCAAAACAACAACAAAAGUUGUCGACAAAUCACACAACAAUUUAAUUGAAGAAAAAACUAAUUUGUUUAAUGAUAGUAACAAUGAAAAUAUAGUGAAGAAGAAAACAGAAAAAAUAAAACCAAAAGAAAAUCCUCUUUUCGAUGACAUUAAUGAAAUUAAAACGAGUGAUAAACUUGAAGAAGAAGAAGAGUCUUUAGUUAGAGAUAAUAGCAAAAAACAAUUGAAGACCGAAGAGAAAUCGAUUGUCAAUAAUGUUGAUAAGGAAAGCAAAAAGUCUGAGAAGAAACCAUUGAUAUCUAAGUCAUCUAUUUUCGAUAGCGAUGAUGAAGAGGACGAUCUCUUUAGCUUUAAGAGACCAACAACUGGUGGGGCUAUUGAUGUCAAAAAUAAUAUCAUCAAAAAAGAUUUGAUUCAUAAUUCAAUAGACAAUGAAUUUGGUAUUAAAGACAGUAGUAAUUCUAAGUUAAAGACAACAACAGAUUUGUUGGACAAUAAAGUUGGACAAAAAAUUGACAGUUUAUUUGCAACUAUUCCUCAAAGUGUGAACAACAAUAAACAAACACUUCAUUAUUCGAGUGAAUCAACUGAAAGUGAAUCCAAUUUAUUUAAUUCAUCGAAAAAAGUCAUCAGCAGUAGUGAUAACACUGUCAAAACUGAACCAAAACCAAUGAUUUCUUCUACUAAACCAUCGAAACCUUUGUCCAUCAGUGACGACGAUGAAGACAACGACCACGAGAUUACUAACAAAUUACCGACACAGAGAUCUUUGACAUUAGACUCGGACAGCAGUGAUAGUGACUCAAUAUUUACCGCUAAUAAGACUCGGCUGACAACGACGACAACUGCAGCCACUAAGUCGCAAAAGUCUAUUAAUUAUAGCAAUCUAUUUAACGACAACAGUGAUAGUGAUAAAAAUGAUAAUGAAGUGUCCAUUUUUGGCGACGGCGGCAGUAAAGUUGGCAGCAUACAGGUUAUUAAAGUCGAACAGAAAGUCAUCGAACAUAAACCUAUUAUUUCGACCAAACCGAAGACCACAACAACAACCGUUAACAAUGUAUCGGCAAAAUUGACUAAUAUUUUUACUGAAAACGACGUGGACGGCGGCGAUGGUGCUGCUGAUGAUGACGAUUUGUUUGGUAAACUCAAGAAUAAUAUUAUUUCCAAAUCAAAGAUCGUCGAAAAUGUGAUCUCAAAACAUGUCUCGAAUGAUAUAGAAAAUAAAAAAUCUGAAAAACCGACAAUUGUUAAGAAAUAUUUGUUUGAGGAUUCAGAUGAAGACGAUCUGUUUGGUGGUAAUAAUAUCAACAAAAAAAGUCAUAAAAUCAAAGAAUCUGUUGUUAUCGUCGAUAAAGAGCUUAUAGUUGAAAAUACUGGUAAUAAAAAUAGCGAACAACUCAAUAAAAUAACUAAAGAGUUUACCACUAAUAAUAAGUCACAACAGUCUGGUACUGAUGUUGUCACUGACGAUGACUUUUUAAUGAACAAACCGAUCGCUACUUUGGCUAACGACGGCCUUAAACACAAAGCAAUGCUCGCAUCGAAACGCAACAGAAGACCGCCAUCGAUGAGAUUAGCGAAACAAGAAGAAAGACCGCCAGUUGUGGUCAUCACUAAUAAUAAUAAAACAAACUCGAGAUCUUUGUUUGACUCGGAUGACAACGACGAUGAUAAUAAUGAUUUAUUUUCGGCCAAACCAUCAAAAGCUAAGCCACAGAUAACCAAACCUAAGCCAUCAUCUGCUGAUACGAAACCCAAAACGGUAUCCGAAAGUUCGGAUCUCUUUGAGGACCCGCUAUUCGCUAUGCGUUUUUAGCUAUAGAUAUAUUAAUCUAAUAAAA